AUGUCGGAGAUUAUUUGCCAGUGGCUGAACGAUGAGCUGAAGCUGUCGCGGCGUGUGGAACCAAAGACAUUUGCCAAGGAAUUUGCUACUGGGUAUCUCAUUGGAGAGGUUUUGCUUAAAUAUCAGCUGCAAGAUGAUUUUGAUCAAUUUUCACAAAGCAGAGUGUCCAGCUCCAAGCUGAAUAACUUUUCUCGGAUAGAGCCUACCCUCCAACUUUUGGGUAUUCCUUUUGACCAGAAUGUGGCCCAGACUAUUAUUUCAGAACAACAUGGAGCUGCAACACGACUUUUGUAUCAAAUGUAUAUUGCAUUACAAAAGAAAAAGAAGGCCGGAUUAACAGGGGUAGCAAUGGAAACACUGAGGCCAGCUGCCCCUGCAAAGCUACAGAGUAUUGGGACCGAAAUUUAUAGAGAGCGCUUAAAGACCAUUGUUCCUCGACAGAGUGAUAUAAGUCUGCAGAAAGUAACAGAACAAUUUGAAAUAAAAAGUAAAGAGAUGGAUGAAAAGGAAGCUCAGAUACACAAUGAAGAAUUGAGAAAAAUUCAAAAAAUACAAGAAGAACUAAGACUUCAGGAUAUAGAAAAACUUCGACAAGCAAGAAGGAGACAAAAUGAAAUAAUGGCACGAAUUCAAGCAGCAAUAGUACAGAUUCCUAAACCACCGCCAAACCGCACUUUAAAGGCCAUGGAAGCACAAAAGAUGCUAAAAAAGAAAAAAGAAGCAGAGGAUGUUUACACAGAAAUAACACGGUUUGAAAAGACAGUGCGGAAGGAUGGUUCGAACAGUAAUUUAUCAAGUAACAGGAGUCCAACUUUACAGAGGUUACGAUCGACAGUUAACGUGGGCACCGCUGUUUUAAAGAUGGAACCUACUGAUGAUUACAUCAGAAAAAUACAGAAACGUUUGGAAGAAGAUAACACAGCACGAGAGCAACGGGAAAAAAGAAGACGUAAAAUUCUAAUGGAACAGCUGGUUACUCAUGAGGCACAAGAGGAAGCUUUCAGAGAAGAGCAACUUAUAAACCGCUUAAUGAGACAAUCUCAACAAGAACGUAGGAUUGCAGUGCAGCUGAUGCACGUGCGUCAUGAAAAAGAAGUUCUAAAACAAAACAGAAUGUUCCGGGAAAAACAAUAUGAGGAAAGGCGAAAGCAAGAAUUCCAAGAAGCUCUUGACAGAGAAGCGGCUUUACAAAAACAAACAAAACUUGAUUGUGAAGAGCAAAUUCGUAAAGUUCAAGAGCUUCAUGACCAAAUUGCAGCUGAACGUGCAGAGGCUCACUAUAAAAAACACUAUUUCAUAUGUCAGGAAAUAAUAAACCAAAUUGUUGAUCUUGCUACUAAAACAGGGGAAUACCGAGAGCUAACAAACAGGCUAAUACCCAAAAAGUUAAUGAAUGAAUGGAAAGAACUAUUUUUCUCAGGCUAUCCACUUUAUGAAAAAACAUCUGUGAAUACAUUGGGUUCCAAGCCAACUCCAGAAGAGCUCAUAGAAGUGGAGAAACAGGUUCUUCUAGAUGAAAAAGAUUAUGAAGAAUACAAGACUAUGACAGGCGAGUGGAUUCCACGAGAAGGGGGAAAUGUGAAGACACCUGCACCUAACAAUAUUUUAGGCCAUGUGGUUCAGAGACUGUUUGAUAUCACCAACCCACCAAAAGCGCCCUCGCCACCACCUGUGUUUCCUCCGUUCCCCAUUAAAGGAUGUAUUCUUGGGAAAGUAUUCUCUGGAAAGAGCACAUGUGUGAAGCACUUGGCACAGGUUUACAGUGUUCAGAUACUAUGUGCAGACAGCCUUGUGCAGGAGGCCAUCCAAGCAUACAGUGAAAACAAAGUGAAAAAUGAUGAGUGUGCGAAUGAAGAAGGCGAGGAUGGCAAGGAGAAUAAGCCAAUAGAGAGUUCUUCAUCAUUUCCUACCGAACUUGACAUCUCAAAUGUUGAAAGUGCAAUUAAAAAAAAUAUUGAUCAGACAGAGAAAAUAAUAUCUCCACGAGAGGCAACAUCAGUUUCAAAUGUAAACUCAUUGCAAAAGCUUUCUUCACGGGCUCAACUUGGUGGGAUAGCUGAAAAACAUUUGAAGAUGGGAAAAGGAAUACCUGAUGAAUUGCUCAUUAAUAUACUUGUUGAAGCCAUCAAACACAUCCCAGCAAACUCAGGGUGGAUCAUGGAUGGUUUCCCAACAACUUUAACUCAGGCCAAGUUAUUUGAAAAGGCUCUAACAGGAAAUGACCCUGAAAAAGGUGCAAGGAGUAAGAAAAGCAAGGCAUCUUCUUUAGUAAAAAACCCAACAGCAGCAAAGGAGCCCUCACCACUUCCACCUUCUUUUGACUUUGCUGUGCUGAUAGAAGUCUCAGACAAUAUAGUCUUACAGCGUUUUGCAGAGAAAAAAGGUAAAUCCAAUACAGUGACAUUUCAGGAAGGAAAUCCUUCCAGUGAUGGUGAGGAACAUGCGAGGGAUCAAAUACAGCACAGAAUUGCCGGCUUCUUGGACAACUGGGAGCAACUAGAGACCUGGUUUUCAGUGAAACAAAAUAUUUUAGUCAAGGUAGAUGGAGAAGUGGAAGAGGCUGUGCUGUGUAAGAAAAUGGAAGAAGUAUUUUUGACUGCAAUGCACAGUAAAGAAAACAAAGUUAAAGAGGUUGAAAAAAAAGAAGAAACACCACCUCCAUCGCCUCCAGUUACACCACCGCCUCCUCCAGUAACCACCACUGAGCUGCGUCCUACAUCAGCUCCAAAGCAGAACUCUGCCAAGAACGGAAGAAAAAUAUCCAAGUCACCUAAAGGACGUUCUGAUUCCUCCACGAAUAAGAAAGAAAAGAAAAAGGAUACACCCCGUGGGAGAGAUUCAGAGCAGAAGUCUGCAAAAUCUGGAUCUUCUCGUGGACGAUCAUCUGCUAAGAAGUCUAAGUCGGUGUCUGUUAGUCCUGAACCAAUUGAUCCCAUUCCAGUAGGUCCUCCUCCUAUUCAACCAGGGUCUCCAGAAUGGGUGUAUGUAAAUGAGCCGCUUCCAAAAGAAAUUCCUGAAUUCCUAGUACCAUAUUGGGAAACUGUAGAAAAUACUUAUGGGAACACUAUCAAAAGUGUGCUGAGAAGUGUCAGAGAUGAGCAGCAAAUUGUUAUCCGCUAUUUGUAUAAUAUCAAAAACCAGUUUAAAGAUUUCUUAAAGAGACCAGACUUCAAGCAGGAAUUUGUGUCUCAGUGGCAAGACGAUUUUAGCUCUUUUGCCGAAGACGUGUGGGAAGACGAAGAAAUAAAAGCUGAGCUUCAUCAACGAGUUGAUGACCUUCGAGACCGUCUUUGGGACAUAUGUGACAAGAGAAAGGAAGAAGCCGAGCAAGAGCGUAAUGAUAUCAUGAAUGACGGAUGGUUACAAGAUCACACAGGAAUCCUUAUUAAUUUUUUCUUUUCAUUGAUGCAGGCUGAGAUGGAUCGUUUCCAAGAUACUGUCAAGUUGCUUCACGAUUACUAUGAAGGAAUGGAAAAGAAAAUCCCUUUAGAGAUCAGUAAAGACUUCACCCGUAUUCCUCUGGUAGACAUUAUCAAUGCAAAUCUACCUGGAGAUCCUGAAAACCCUAGAAGAAUUCCUCUUAUACCACGAAGGUCCCUUUCAUCAGAACAAAGCGCAGGUAAACAGAAAAGCAAAGCCACUCAACUAAAAGUAAAAGAGGAUCACUCAAUGGAGAGCACCAGGCACAGCUAUGAAACUGAUGAAAAGCUAAUCAUUGACACCUGGCAAAUGGCUGUUACAGCUUUUGCAAACAUGGUAGCUCAUGAAGUACAGCUGAAAGAAGAAGAGGAAAAUGCAGAACAGCAGAUGAUGGAAAUGAAAGAAAAGGCACCAACAGCUGCUUCUCAAAAGGGUGCAAAGAAAAAGCCACCUAAAUCACCAAACAGGAAAAAGGGUGAAAAAUCUCCUGGCCCUGAGCCAGCUACUUCUCUUACACCAGAAGAAAAUGCUGAGCUCCAAAAGAAGCAGGAACUGAAAUUAAAAAUGAAGCAGGAAUAUCUUGCUGCCCUUACAUCUGAAGAGGCAGCUGCAGAUUCUCGACUAGAGUUGAUUAAGUGGAAAGCUUUAGAAAUGUAUCAAGAUAUAAUAUCAAGAGCUGAGGAUGCUUAUAAAGAUAUGGAAAUGUGCCUUGGAACAAGAUUUCUAGGAGAAAUGUCAAGUAUUGAUACAUUGGUUCAAGUUGUUCGUAACCACAUUGAAACAAGCUCAAAGAUAAAGUAUGAACUUGUUUUAGAGCAAACAGACUUUUACAUUAAUGCUGAUGUCAAAGUAAUACCAGAUCCUCCUCCUCCACCACCUAUGCCUCCUGUAGAAACACCAACAGAUACAAUAAUAACAAUAUUGCAACUUCAGAAAAUGUAUGAGCAUUUUUUGCUGGUGGCACCGGAAGGUCGAAUGUUUGAUAAGGAAUUCACUCGUAUUCUCCACAGUCUUAUAACAAAUGACACUGCAGACUUUGUCCUUCCUGACUUAUGGAUGUUUCUCUCGUUGUUGGAGGUUCAAGAAAUGGUAUCUGAGUUCAGUGAUGAUGCAAAUCUUGUGAACUGGCGAAUGUUUCUGCUAUCAGCAGCGCAACCAUGGCCGUACCCAUCAGUCAACCAACUUCUUGAUACUCUAGGCAGAUUUAAAGCUAUCGAUCAUAAUGAAUGUGGUACUAGUACUCAAGAAAUGUAUAAUCAGGCUGAGCUAUGGUUUACUGGAGAAGUGGGUGAGCAAAGGCACGAAGACCUGACUGAGCCAUUGCCAUUUAAUAGACAGAAACAUCUUUUACAGUUCUUCUUCAUUUUAUUUGCUGAUCCAAAAACAGAUCCACCCAAGCUAAACUAUACAGAGAUGCUGCUAUAUUUUGCUUCACAUCAUGAUCGUACUCAAGGUUUCUAUAGAGCGUUAAGUCUUCUAAAUGGGAAAAAUAUCCUGAACCAAUCAGAAGGCAGUAUUUUUCUAAAGUCUCUUCCCAGAACUGAUUUAAUUAACCAGAGUAAUGGGCAAAUCAAGAAAGAAGAUGAAUUACUGUGUAUCUCAGAAAAUGCAACAACCACUUUGCAAGCACUUCUGAGAGUGUUUCAACAGAAAUCUAUAGAAAAUACAGAAUUUAAUAGAUUUUCCUCUGAACCAGUAGAGACCAAUACUUGUUACAAGAAAAUUAAAGACAUAUUCACUGAGCUUAGCAAUGAAAAUCUGGAGCCUGUUGCUUUUACAACUCUUAUGAAACAUCCUGUUUUUGCUGAUCUUGUUGAUAAUUGUCAGUCUUAUAACCUCCCUAAUAUUUAUGAAAUACUUCUCAGAAUCGUACAAAGACCAUCAAGUGAAGGAGAGACUAUAAUAUCUAGUUUGAGCAAUAAACAGCAAAAAGAUGAACAAGAAGAAAAGGAAGAUACCCUGUGAUGAAUAUACAUUUUACAAAUCAGGUUUAAACAUUCAGGCCUAGAUGACAAGUGGAGCCUGAAAAUGCAAGCGUUCAAUGCUUCAUCUAGUUUUCUGCUGUACAAUCUGAAUGGAACUUUAAGGGACAUGAAACCCACAUUUUUUUAUUUUAUGAUUUAGAAAGAGCGGGCAGUUUUAAACAACUUUCCAAUUUACUUCUAUUAUCUACUCUGUUUCAUUAUCUUAAAAUCCUUUGUUGUGUAGCAUAUCUAAAUAGGCUCAGCCAUUGCUGAUUGGUGGCUGCACAUAGAUUCCUUGUGUGAUUGGCUCACCCAUAGGGAUUGCUAUUUAUUCAACAAAGGAUAUUUGAAGAAUGAAGCAAAUUAAAUAAUAGAAGUAAACUGGAAUGUUGUUAAAAUUGUAUUUUUGUAUUUUUUACUUAUUAAUCCACUUAAAAUAAAAUGUGCAAUCUGCAAUAAUAAAAUUUUUGACUUACA